AUGGGUUACACAUUUGCAAAUUUGACAUCUUCAUCUUCAGAUGAAACUGUUACAAUAAAUAAUUCAUCAAUAGCUACUACGCAAUUGUUGUCUACGGUUACGGAUUUUACAACAACAACAACAACAGUUAAUCAUACGUACAUCAAUGAUGAAACAACGACGAGUUUAAUAUCUCCUGCACUGCUUUUAAAUACGACUGUAACGUCAUCAACUAGAACUAGUACAGAAAAGAAUACGAUGUCAGAUAUUAUCACAACUAAUAGCACUAUAUCAACAACAUUAGUAUCAAUCACUGAAAUUACAACGAUACAACGUCAACGUCAACAACAACAAUACGUUCAAUUACGCUCAACAUUUAAUAAAGAAUUAACGAAUUAA